AUGUCUGGACGUGGAAAGAAACAUGCCGUGGCACCCAAACCUGGAGCGGCACCAAAGAAAACCAAAUCAGCCAGGGCUGGUCUGCAGUUCCCCGUAGGUCGUGUCUACAGGCUCCUUAAAAGAGGGAACUACGCUCACAGGAUCGGUCCGGGCGCUGCCAUCUACCUGGCUGCGGUGCUGGAGUACCUGAGUGCGGAGAUCCUGGAGCUGGCAGGGAAUGCUGCACGGGAAAACAAGAAAGCCAGGAUCCUGCCCAGGCACAUCCAGCUGGCUGUGAGAAACGAUGAUGAGCUGAACAAGCUCUUCUCCUGUGUGACCAUCGCUCAAGGAGGGGUUAUGCCAAAUAUCCUUUCGCAGCUCCUUCCCAAGAAAACUUCCAGAGAUGCUGCUCCUUCUCAGCAACAAGGUGGUAGCCAGUGA